AUGAAGAUCGCUGCCGCUUUUUUCGCCCUCACACAAGCCACCGAGCAAGAUAGUGGCUUCCACUGCUGGCCAGGAAACGAACACGCGCCUUACUGCGGCUGCCAGAAGAUCCUCCGAGGACCUGAGUACAACAUGAUCAAUGCUACCUGCACUCUGACCUUCCCUGAUCUCGGUAACCACCCAUUCGGCUCUGCGACUGGAUCUGAUGAUCUCCAGAUGCUCACCAUCGCUUCUUCCUUCCCUCUUCCCCAGCAAACCGACCUUUCCGCCAACACCUACGUCUUCACUGGCUUCGAAGGCCUCAGCCACGAGAACCAGCUCGACAUCGUCUACUUCUUCCGAGACGACCGAUGCGUCGACCCAACCAACUACGAGUGGGAUCGAUUCGUCGUCAACACCACCACCUGGGGCGACGCUGAAGUCAACUGCGUCGACUACGGCUACGCUUACGAAGGCCCUCUCCUCGGCAACUUCAACUACGACAUCGCUCGCUCGCACCAGCAAUACAACUUGCCAAUCUACGGACUCGACAACGAAGCCAUCGGCGUCGUCGAGAUCAACGCUCACCAGGUCAACGAGCCAUUCGAGGUUGCCGUCCGAAACGUUUCUGCUCAUCACGGUCAUGGAGAAACUACCCAUAUCGACUGUGAAAACACCUUCCAGUACCAAGUCGAUGCCAACCACGGUGGCAUUCUCGAGUAUGCUCAGUUCGAGCUUUGUGAGCCAGAUCUUUCCGCUGACGAUUACGACUACACCGUCCCAUCUUCCUGGACCUCCCAGAUCCUCCUUGCCUAA